AUGCCUUCCGCCAAAAAAGUCGUGGAUGUGUUUCGCCACACUCGUCUUCCUUCUAUCUCAUUAUCAAUUCAUUUUAGGCCGAUCGGUGAGAAGCGGAGGAAGUCGUUGGCACAGGCGAAUAUCGUUCACGCCGUACAAUGGUCGUCCAGGGACACCUCGUUGGUGGAGUUCGUCGCCCGUCUGGCGAAUCGGAUUCGCGUCAUGCCGGCGCUGUUCGCCAUUCUAGACGAGGCUGAUCAAGCAGUUGAGGUGUGCGACGAGUCGAAGGUGGUGCAGUACGUGAACAGGGCCUAUGAAAGUGUUACCGGUUGUCUGAGAGGAGAAGUUAUCGGGCAGCCUGAAUCCGACAUGAGGCGGAAGUCGUUGCCACGACCGCGCGAUGACGGCGUCAUGGAGCGCCGACGCAGCAACGACUGGAAAUGCAUCCGGGUGCCGACUAGCUCACAGAAGUUAGUGCUGUCAUCGUUCGCAUUUUUCGGUUUAGCGUCGAUUUAUCGCGAUGUCUCACUGAGAAGCGUUCGAUCACAGGUUGGUAUGGUCGAGGCUCCCAUAUCCGAGGUAAAUGUUCUCUCUUCACAUGAAUUGUAUGCACCGUCGAUUACUCGCUUUCGCAACAACGACAGAAUCGCGACGCAGUACUACGAUGGUCUCAUCCGACUGUAUCAUCCGACGCGACAUCGGAGGAGAAGCGUCGUCGACGCUUUUCGUGACAAGAAAGUAGCACAUGGCGAACGUCGACGAGUAUCGGCGGACGUGAAGAAUGCGCUGGAGAACGACACUGAUUGGUCUUUUGACGUGCUGUUGUUAGAGAAGGUCACCGAGCACCAUGCCCUCAGUCAGAUCGGUCUGAAGAUUUUCGAACGGUGGAAGGUAGCUGAUUCGCUAGGAUGCAACGAGGAUAUCUUGGAGCGAUGGCUGUGCACUAUCGAAGCCCACUACCACGCCGAAAACGCUUACCACAACGCCACUCAUGCGGCCGAUGUUCUUCAGGCAACGUCGUACUUUCUCGACUCACCUUCAGUCGCUGCGCAUGUCUCGGAGAAUCAUGCCAUUGCUGCACUUAUUGCUGCUACCGUCCACGAUCUCGAUCAUCCAGGUCGGGGUAACGCGUUUCUUAUCAACACGCGGCAGUCACUGGCCGUACUCUACAAUGAUCAUUCUGUUCUAGAGAAUCAUCACGUGGCAUUGGCUUUCCAGCUUACACUGCAACAGAAUAGCAACGUGAACAUCUUCGGUAGUCUGUCUCGAGAGGAGUUCACUUCUAUGCGGCAUUCCAUCGUCGAGAUGGUACUAGCAACAGACAUCAGCCGGCAUUUCGAGUAUCUUGUAAGGUUCAACAAGAUGAACAUCGUCGACGUACCCGAUGAAGCGAGGGAGGGCAAUUCUAUGACUAUCUGUAACAUGUUAGUGAAAUGUGCCGAUAUCUCGAACCCCACAAGGGAAUGGUCUCUCUGUCAGAGAUGGGCGUACCGAAUCGUCGAGGAGUACUUCGAUCAGACCCGGGAAGAACGCGAGAAGGGUCUUCCAAUAACGAUGGAGGUGUUCGAUCGUUUGACUUGCAAUGUUCCUCUCACUCAGUGUGGUUUUAUUGACAUGUUCGCCCGUGAAGCGUUCGCCAACUUUGCUGAGUUCGCAAAUAUGGCCCAUCUCUGCACUCAACUGGAGAGUAACUACGACCAGUGGAAAAGUUUGUCGACGUCCUGGAUGCCUGCAAACAAUCUGUCCCUGCAUCGUUGA